CUCGUUCGGAGCGCGUGUCGCACAGUUCCUAAACACGCAGGCUCACGGAUCCCACGCAUCCAACAGGAGCGCUCCGCCGGCCACGCCCCUCAAGCGGGCGUGGGUAGUGCCACGACACCUCUAACAUCCGUUAUGUAACCAUGGCGGCGCACCGUUCUGUUUUUAUGGUUAUUGGUUAGUGGUUAUCCUCCAAACUCGCUCAAUAUAAAGGAACGUUGUGCAUUGCGGUUCAAACCAAAAAAGGAAAAAACGAAAACCUAGUAGUGAUCAAAGCUACUUUCUGAACCAGCUAGCUAGGGUUUUAAUUUUUUUUUCCCUGCUAUGGAAUCCCAAGUAGAGAGACUGUGGGUUUUGGGCCUUGCUUCCAAAUACUGUUGGGCUUUCUCCCUUCAAACUCUCCUCCUCCUUCUGUUUCUUCUGGGUUCGGCCUGGCUCGCCACCGCCCUUCUCUACUGGAUCUCCCCCGGCGGCCCAGCCUGGGGAAACUACUGCUGGAACCACCAGAGGAGCGGAAGAGGAACCAAAAAUACCAAGGGGCCUCGGGGCCUCCCCGUGCUGGGGAGCUUGAGCCUCAUGGCCAGUCUUGCCCACCGCCGCCUCGCAGCCACCGCGGAGCGGCUCGGUGCGAAACGGCUCAUGGCUUUCAGCCUGGGCGAGACGCGGGUUAUCGUCACUUGCAAUCCCGAUGUUGCGAGGGAAAUACUCAACGGAUCAGCCUUUGCUGACCGUCCCGAAAAGGAGUCCGCUUACGGCCUUAUGUUCCACCGGGCGAUCGGGUUUGCCCCCUCCGGAGUUUACUGGCGAACUCUGCGGAGAAUUGCCACCGCUCAUCUCUUCUGUCCGAAACAAAUCAAUGCCUCGGAGGCCCAAAGGUUCGAAAUAGCGGCCCAGAUGGUGUCGGCGAUAUCGGGACGCACGGGAGAGAUAUGCGUCCGGGAUGUGCUGAAGCGAGCCUCGCUGAACAACAUGAUGUGGUCGGUUUUCGGAAGAAAGUACGAACUCUCCAGCAGCGAAACGAGUGAAGUCAGUCUGCUCGUGGACGAAGGUUAUGACUUGUUGGGUAAACUCAACUGGUCCGACCACCUCCCGUGGUUGGCCUCGUUCGACCCGCAAAAAAUCCGGUUCAGAUGCUCCAACCUUGUGCCUAAAGUGAACGGGUUUGUGAACCGGAUUAUCGCUGAGCACAGAGCUCAAACCGGAAGAACAAGCUGUGAUUUUGUGGACGUACUGCUCUCUCUUCCUGGACCUGAUAAAUUAUCGGAUCACGACAUGGUGGCUGUCCUUUGGGAGAUGAUAUUUAGAGGAACCGACACGGUGGCGGUUCUGAUCGAAUGGGUCCUGGCGAGGAUGGUGCUCCACCCGGAAAUCCAAUCAAAGGUGCACGAUGAGCUGGACAAAGUCGUCGGAAAUUCACGUCCGGUGGAAGAAUCCGACGUUACGUCGAUGGUGUACCUGCCGGCGGUCGUGAAGGAGGUUCUGAGGCUACACCCGCCGGGCCCACUUCUGUCGUGGGCCCGUAUGUCAAUCACGGAUACCACCGUCGAUGGCUACCACGUGCCCGCCGGGACCACUGCAAUGGUUAACAUGUGGGCAAUCACCAGGGACCCAGAAGUGUGGGUGGACCCUCUGGAGUUCAAGCCGGAAAGGUUCCUCACGUCCGGGAAGAAUGACGUGGAGUUUUCGGUGUUGGGGUCGGAUCUGAGGCUGGCGCCAUUCGGGUCGGGUAGGAGAGCUUGCCCCGGGAAGGCCCUGGGGUUGACCACAGUCAACUUCUGGGUGGCUGCUUUGUUGCAUGAGUUCGAGUGGGCGGAGUCGGGUCGGAACCCCGUGGACCUGUCGGAGGUUCUUAAGCUUUCCUGCGAAAUGGCAACUCCUCUCACAGUUGAAGUCAGGCCCAGGGCCAAUAAAUAAUCAAUCGAAUAAUAAUAAUAAUAAUAAUAAUAAUAAUUAACGUGGGUUUUUUGGCUAAGCAAAAUAAAAAAUAAAUAAAAUGGGGUUUUGCUAGGAGCUGUUUUAAAGUAUAUUUUGUGUUUUAAUUUUUAAUAAAAACGCAUCGUAUGAACUGAAGUAAUUAAUAUCACCCAUUUCUAAAAAUGGUGUUAUAUAUAAAUUAAUUACCUCAAUUCAUAUAUUCUGUUUUCUUAAAAAAUCAACACAAAAUGUAUGUGAAAACAGUUCAUGAAAAUCCCAGAAAUAACUAAGGUAAUUAAAUAAUAUCCAUAAUAAAUAUUCCAUAUAUAGCAGAAGUUGUAUAUACGGAUUGGUGUUCGAGUGCAUGCAUGCAUGCUUGCUCGAUCACCAUGAAGUUCGAUCUGCUUCUUCUUUUCUUUUUUCAUUUUUAAUUUUUUAUUUAAGAAAUAGUUCUGCUUUUUAUUGGGCUUGAUUUGAUAAGAGGACGGCUGGUGUGAGCCGUUCGUUUCGUUUAGGGGAGGGAUGAUAAUAUUGAAGAUAGCCUCUGUGUAUGUGUAUGCACUGCAUGUACUGAACUCAGCAGUUUCUGAAAAGGUUUUUAAUAAGAGUAGUACGACGUCGUCGUGUGUGUUUCUGCUUUUGAAUUUA